AUGGUAUCAGACCCUACCCAUCACUUCACGGCGGCGCUGCAAAUCUUGCCUGAAUACUUCGAAUACUUUAACUCCAAUCAAACACACCAUUCCAGAUUUUCCAUUGAGAAAUUUUACAUAACAAUGUUCCAUAUGGAACUCCGUGGUUAUUCUUCCAUGCUCUUCAUUCUUAUACAAGCCAUAAACAAAAUUUCACUUGCAUUUGAGAAUCCACAAUCUCAUCUUGAGCCGAAAGUGUUAUUGCGUGAAUUGGAUGCGUCACCUUCCGAAGGGGAACAAAUAGCUCAAGUUGAUUAUGGAACUUUUGUGUCAAUUGAUUCACAAGACUUUAAACGUGUUGUUCAUGAGUUAAAUGCUCCUUCUGUUAAUGUUUCUCUAACGGCUUCACAAAUCAAGUUCAUGGUUCCAAGAAAGGAGAUUGUUCUUACUAGACGGGAAAGAGGGUGCAUAACGGGAGGUAUUCCAGCAGGAGAGACAUUUAGAUUUUCGAUCACCCUCCAUCCAUUGCUGUUCUUUCAUGAUUUGAGCCAUAAAUCAAAACGGGCAUGGUUGUUCAUGUCAGUUGAUUACUGCACUGUCAUUAUUUUUCCCUUUGGAAUUUUUACACAGUUUUGGGUCUAUUUCCCUCGGUGA